ACAAAAAAAACAAACACUUCACAAGUUAAGAAACACCCAAAAAACAAAAAAAUGCAGCAUUUGAAGUACUAUAUUGUCUGUCUCUUCCAUGCCCUUCUCCUUGUCGCCAAAACCCGGGCCAAGGUUCCCGCAAUCAUCGUGUUCGGGGACUCCUCGGUUGAUGCCGGAAACAAUAACUACAUCCCCACGAUUGCCAGGAGCAACUUCGAGCCCUACGGUCGGGAUUUCGCUGGCGGGCGCCCCACUGGGCGGUUCUCGAAUGGGAAGAUCCCGACGGAUUUCAUCGCCGAGGCGUUCCACAUCAAGCCGAGCAUACCUGCGUACUUGGACCCGGCAUACAACAUUUCUGAUUUUGCAACUGGGGUGAGCUUUGCCUCUGCUGGGACUGGCUAUGACAAUGCCACGUCCGAUGUUCUGUCAGUGAUACCCCUAUGGAAGGAACUUGAGUACUACAAGGAAUACCAGAGGAAGCUCCGAGCACACCUCGGCAAUGCCGCGGCAAACAAGGUAAUCUCCGAGGCAGUGUACAUGAUCAGCAUGGGAACCAACGACUUCCUCGAGAACUACUACGCGAUCCCGGGGGGCCGCCAGUCCCAGUUCAGCAUAGGGCAAUAUGAGGACUUCCUGGUCAGGAUCGCGUAUUUGUUCCUGAAGGAGUUGCACGGGCUCGGGGCCCGCAAGAUCUCCCUCGGCGGGCUGCCUCCAAUGGGCUGCCUCCCGCUUGAGCGGACCACGAACUUCAUGCUCCAGAACGAUUGCAUUGAGAGUUAUAAUGACUUGGCGUUGGAAUUCAAUGGGAAGCUGAAGGGUAUGGUGAUGAAGCUCAACAAGGAGCUGCCCGGGGUCAAGUUGGUCUUUUCCAAUCCGUACUACAUUUUCAUGCACAUCAUCCGGAGACCUCUCUCCCACGGAUUCGAGGUCGCAUCAGUAGCGUGCUGUUCCACAGGGAUGUUCGAGAUGGGUUACGCCUGCAGCCGGAAUAAUCCAUUCACCUGUCAAGAUGCGAACAAAUACGUGUUCUGGGAUGCUUUUCACCCGACCGAGAAGACGAGUCAUAUCAUUGCCGAUUACCUGAUGAAAACCACUCUUGCGCAGUUCCGUUCAUAAAUAUAUACGAGUCAUCUUUAGUAUAUUGUGGCUGGUUAAGUUGGGGCGUGCGGUUUAUUCUAGAUGAAUUCUUAUUAGGUUGUCGAUUAUUAUAUAGUAUGCAAUAUAUGGAGUGUACGCAUGUAAUAUAUAUCGACUGUCGUGUUAGCCGUUUGAUCAUAAUUUUGUUAUCACCGCGGGUAUGAACUCCAUCUCAUUGUCAUUAUAUAUGUAUGUUUCGAUGUUUGUUUAUAAAUAUGUGUGUAUAUAUAGACGGAUUAGAUGCAUAA